AUUCACAAUAAUGUUUACAAAAUACAAUCUGGUGGGGAAGCAUUUAGCACAACCCAUAAUUAGCAGAACUAUUUUCUGUCGUUAUAAAAGUAUCUGGAGCAAAAAUUCAAUCGCCACCGACAUGCCAAUUAAAGCAGCUUUAAUUGAUUUAAGUGGUACAUUGCAUGUCGAAGAUCAGCCAACACCGGAUGCUGUCAAUGCACUGAAAAGAUUAAGAGAAUCCGGAAUAUUUAUACGAUUCGUAACAAACACAACCAAAGAAUCACGGCAAACAUUGUUGCAACGUUUGUUGGCCAUUGGUUUCCACUUGGAAAAGGAUGAAAUUCACAGUUCCCUAAGUGCUGCAGUGGAUUAUGUGAAAAAGGAACAACUGAAUCCGUACUAUUUAGUUAGUAAAGAUGCCCGCACCGAUUUUCCUCCUAAUGACAGUGAAAAGCCAUUCGAUUCGGUGGUAGUGGGUCUGGCACCGGAUGAAUUCCAUUAUGAAAAUCUCAAUAAGGCUUUUAAUAUUUUACUGGCCAAUAAGAACCACAAAUUAAUAGCCAUACAUGAGGGUAAAUAUUACAAACGCAAGGAUGGUCUAGCCUUGGGUCCUGGAUGCUUUGUAAAAGGCCUUGGGUACUCUAGUGGUGCUAAAUCGAUUUUGAUAGGCAAACCCAACGAGUACUUCUUCAAGAGUGCCAUAGAUGGAACGGAUAUUGCCAUAGAAGACUGUGUUAUGAUCGGUGAUGAUACCAAAGACGAUAUCGUGGGUGCAAUGAAAGUGGGCCUUAAAGGUAUUCAAGUGAAAACAGGAAAGUAUUUACCCGAUGUUGUUGCCGAACCACCACCUACGGUAUUGGUCGAGAACUUUUCAGAAGCUGUAAGUUGGAUUUUGGAAAAUAAGUAGAGACACAAAAUCAAAUGCAUAUAGGUA